CUCAGACAUUCACGAUCGUGUUACUGUGAUCGCCAGCGCAAACAUUACAAAGCCCCUCACAAUCCAACGCAAGGGGGACCGCAACCACCACCUGAACCUUCACCGAUUCUCUCCAAGCAUACUCACGUUCCUCCUCUCCCAACUGUACAGCCCACUAUGGCUCUCCCCAAGCGCAUUAUCAAGGAGACCGAGCGUCUGAUGAACGAGCCAGUGCAAGGCAUCUCUGCGACCCCUCACGACGACAACCUGCGGUACUUCGACGUGACUAUCGAUGGCCCCUCACAGUCGCCUUACGAGGGCGGCGUCUUCAAGCUCGAGCUCUUCCUGCCAGAUGACUACCCCAUGACUCCUCCCAAGGUCCGCUUCCUCACCAAGAUCUAUCACCCCAACAUCGACAGGCUGGGCCGCAUUUGCCUCGAUGUUCUGAAGAGUAAUUGGUCGCCCGCACUCCAGAUCAGGACUAUCCUCCUCUCGAUUCAAGCUCUCCUCGGCGCCCCGAACCCAGACGACCCGCUCGCGAACGAUGUAGCUCAAGCGUGGAAGGAGAACCAGGCACAGGCUAUUGCCACGGCUAGGGAAUGGACACAGCAAUACGCAAAGGCUUGAGCGCAAGUUGCUUGUAUCUGCAACAGCAUUUGCGACUCGAAGCCUAGCUUUGGGACACUCCAUGCUUCUCGCAUUUUCCUUGCAACGGUGGGUUGGACUCUCAAGGCCCUCCACCAUUCUCUUUGUGC